CUCAGAUUCUUUUAUAAAAUAAACUUUUAAAAAUGCCAAGGCUUAGUGACAAUUACUACCAAAGAAAAUGUUACUUUGAACGGAACCAAGUACCGACCCAAACCGUGAUGAAGAAUAAAAUGACUCCAGCACUUGCUAAUGUGUAUUUCAAAUCAAUGACUCCCAAAUUAAAAGUACUGGCAGGCCUUGAGCCCCCUAUGAAGGGCGGUGGGAAUGACUGGUAUGUCCCACCCCACGAAAUAUUAGCUGGAAGGACGGUUAUGAAACCGGUUAAGAACGAACACCUUUCUAAGCUAGGCUUCAAUGGUAUAGACUUCUUUGGAGAAAGAUUAGUAAAAGAUCAUCGUCGGGAGAUGGAAGAAGAAAAACGUAGAAUUCUUGAAGCGAACGACGACAGUUGGAAACAAAGAAUUGAGCUGACCUGUUGUCGCCUGUGGGACGACUCGUCUAGAGAGGCCGCAAAACAAAAUACCUCAAAAAUCCAACAAGCUUUUCAUGAAUUUACCGACAUUUAUAAAACGUCAAUUAACAAAAUUGAGACGAUGUUAUUUGACGCCGCAAUGAAAGAAAUCGAACGAAAUAAAGAAAAUACCCAUUUGAAAAUGAAAUCACGCUAUAAAAAAUUUCUUAAACAGCAAGCUACUACAUUAUAUAAUCAAUAUGAAAAUAUAUUAGAAAAAGAAAAGCAAAGACAAAAAAAUGAAUUUAUUCAAAAUAUUGAUCGGGGUCGGACCGCUAUCGCAAAUCAGCUACACGAUAUCAAGCUGGACAAGCACAUGGCUGUAGAAAAAGUGCGCCUGUUUUUAGAAUGUCAAAACUUGGCUUGCCAAACGUAUGUAGCCCUAAAGGAAAGAGAAGAAUGCAAAAAAGAAAUGGAUGCUACCGAACAUGAACACAGAAAAAAGAUGAACAAAUUGUCGGAGGAAAUAACAAUAAAAGAGAUUGAAAUAAAAUUUGCAAGAGAAAGAGAAAGGAAAAGACAAGAGUUCAUUAAAAUUUGGAAGAAAAAGGUAUGUCAUUUUGUGAAAAGAUUCCAAGAUUUCGUCGGUUAUUGUUUAAAUCUUUUGCCAGAGCAUGCAGAUUUCUUUUUAAAUAUGGAAACUUUAAUGCUGUUACAACUAAGUGAAGCCUUGGAAAAUCCUUCUGUAGAAAGUAUUUUCGUUUCCGAAAAAGAAUCAUACAAAGGCCCUACCCCGAAACCUCAUCCGUUUUAUGUAUUUUGCGACAAAGGAUUCAAACCGAAAUUGGAUGAUAAGCUGUGCCCCAAACACUGUACGUCAAGUGCUUCACAACUACCAGUGGUAGUCGUUAAUGAUAGAUUUAUAUACGCAGCUUGUGAUAAUUUAGAAGUUUUUCCCGAAACAGUCAAAGAUUUCAUAGAAGGUAAAAGAGGUAAUGAGAAGGACUUCACGGAUGAUCAUGACUAUACCUUUGAUAUUCCAGUGAAGUGCACGUCGUCACAACAGCUCUUGGAGUUAAAAUUAGAAAGUUCAAUCAUGCAAAUCCUUCAAAAAGAGUUACCAAAUGUGAAUAAUGUACCAAUCGAUUGUUGUUAUUGUAAAAUUCCAUAUUGUUUCUGCAGCCCAUUACAUGCUUCCCAAAUAAAAAUAGAUAGACCUGUUCAACAAUCUAGGGUCGAGAUCCCUAAAAAAAUUCCUUCAGGUGAAAAAAUUGUAUCUAGGGAAACGGAAUUGGAGCAUUUACGGGAACCAAAAUGGGAUAGUUAUAUGAAGUUUAUUGAACCUCAUAAGUGUAAGUGUGGGAAAAGAGCAAAGAAGCAUCUUGAGGAGCACCUGCCAGCGUACAUGCGCCAGAUGUCUAAAUAUGAAGCACCUGAAUUACCGACGUAUGAAACGUGUUCAUUGGAAACGUUAAAGAUGCUUGUGAAGGAAGCACGUGGAAAGAAGACUCCACCACCGACACCAGAAAAAGCUCCAUCUAAAACAAGGACCAUAGGAACGCAAUACACUGACGAAGAAUAUGAAAAUUUAUGCACGUGUUUUUCAGACGAAGAAUUGGAUAAAAUCUUACAAAGGUUAGCAACUGAGGCGAAAUACUUUAAUCAAUAUGCACCUCCAAAAAUGAAAGUUGUAGAUGGAUCUGUAUCGCCGUCAUUUAUUGAUAAACCAACCACGGCAUUUGCUACGGAGAGAGCCGUUUCGUUGAGACGCCUCAUAAAUGACUCUCCGGAGCUUGAGGAAAUUUUCCGAAAAGAAGAUUGUAAAUUUUAAAUGACAUAGUCCUAAUCUUAACUUUUUUUAAUAGA